AUGCGUCUCGGCCUGCCACUGCUGCUUCCGCCUAUCCGUGACGCGGCACAGAACCUCGACCGAGACGACGGCGAUACAGAUGUUAAAGGUGGCGAACGCCCAAGGAAUAGAUCCCCCACUGGCGACGUCACUACCACGGUACCUGUUGAUGAGGUUCGUUCCCCACGACCAUUUGCCGUUGUUUUCGAACCGGUGAGUCUCACUCCCGAGCUGGACGUCAAUGCUGAUGGCUUCGUAGCCGGAAGGAACGGAAAUAAUGGCGCCAUGAUGGUAGUUGGUAUUGGAGUCGCCUCCGCCGACCUUGGCUUGGUCGCUGAUGGUGACAUAGUCAUCUGGAGGCGGAAGCACGUCGGUGGCUUGGUAUUUCAGAAUGGAGUUGCCAACGUUGUAUUCGUUGAUGUCUGCUGGUUUGGAUGUAAAGGGUGUCGGCUUUUCGAGCAGCAGGUCUGA